GUGUGGACGGAGCCACAGGGUCCAAAGCCAUGGCCGCUGUGCAUUCACCACGUUGCAUUACUCACUUUACUUCUUUUAAAACACUCUCAACGGCGUCGUACAAGAGCAACCUUCCCCCUUCGUUCCUCCAACCCCAUAUUCGCCGCCACUCGUCUCCAAUGGCCUCCUCUUCCGACGCGGCAGAGGUUCCGGCCACCGGAAACUCAGAAACAGCAUCCGACGUGCUAGUGCAGUACGUGGUGUUGCGACGAGAUCUGAUUGACACGUGGCCACUAGGGAGCGUUGUAACACAGGGCUGCCAUGCCUCCGUCGCGGCUAUCUGGUCACACAAGGAUGAUCCUCACACUAUUGACUACUGUAGCCCAACCAAUCUCGAUUCAAUGCAUAAGGUGACUCUUGAGGUGAAAGGAGAAGUGCAGUUAAAGAACUUGUCGGAGAAGCUUACAAGCAAUGACAUUGCUCAUAAGCUAUGGAUUGAACAACCAGAAAACACUCCUACAUGUCUUGCCUCCAAACCCUACCCCAAAUCUGUUGUUUCACCGUUCUUCAAGAAGCUGAAACUCUGUAAGUGAUAGGAUUUAAUGGUGCCAAACUGCUAAUGAUGAAUAUUGUUAUCAUUCGUCUUCAUUGAGAUAAUUAUACAAGCUACAUAUAAGUUGUUGUUUUGUACGCAUGGAUUA